UGGUGCUUCCCUGAGCUCCUCAACCCAAACACCACCAAGCCAUCUCUUCUUCCACAACGCCACCGCCGCCGCCGCAACCCCAAUCCAGAGCCCUAAUCGCCCACACACAGCAUCUCCGGCGAGGUCUGAGUGAGGUAGGUUUAGCUCUGAGCGACUCCUUGCGUCCUCCAGGUAAACCGAUUUGUUCUUCUUCUUGGUCUCCGUAGCCGAGAUCCAGAGCCUUUUUAGUUUCUGGUCUCUGAUCUUUUCCCCUUUUUCUGUGGAAUAGUUUGUAGUUAGCAAAGAGAGGUUCUUUUUCCACACCUCUUUGUGCUCCACUGUUCAUUACUAGGUAGAUCUGUGUAGAGCAACCAUACCUGUUCUGCCUGUUCUUUGAUUUUAGCUAAGAACAAGGCUAUUUAUUCUUUCUUUUUCCCUCCAAAGAAAAAGCCAAAAAAAAUCCAACCCAAGUAGAUUCUUCUUCGAUGGCCGCUGCUAUAAAUCUUCCGGGACCCGGCGAGGAUUUGAUGCGAGCGAUGGAGUCCGUCAUGCAAGAGGAUGCUCCAUCCCCUCUGGUCAUGCCGCCGGCCACCGCCUUCCCGCCGCCGCCGCCGUUCCCCGCCGGGGCCCACGGGCUCAGCUACCCGGCCCAUCCGCCGGCGACCCACCUCAGCCCGGCCCAGAUGCAGUUCAUCCAGGCCCAGCUCCACCUGCAGAGGAACCCGGGCCUCGGGCCGCGGGCGCAGCCCAUGAAGCCCGCGGUCCCCGUGCCGCCGGCGCAGCGCCCGCAGAAGCUGUACCGCGGCGUGCGGCAGCGCCACUGGGGCAAGUGGGUCGCCGAGAUCCGGCUCCCCCGCAACCGCACCCGGCUGUGGCUGGGCACCUUCGACACCGCCGAGGAGGCCGCGCUGGCCUACGACCAGGCGGCGUACCGCCUCCGAGGGGACGCGGCGCGGCUCAACUUCCCCGACAACGCGGCCUCCAGGGCGCCGCUGGACCCGGCCGUGGACGCCAAGCUGCAGGCCAUCUGCGCCACCAUCGCCGCCGCGUCGUCGUCGUCCAAGGGCGGCAGGGCCAAGAGCAGGGCCACGCCCAUCAACGCGCCCGUCGCGGAGGCGGAGGCGGGGUCCCAGAGCAACAGCUCCUCCGACGAGGCCUCGGGGUCCGGGUCGGACGACGAGAUGUCCUCCUCCCCGCCGCCGCCGCCGCCGGCGGCGCCGACGGCGCAGCAGCCGCUGGCGGAGAUGGGGCAGCUGAACUUCAGCGAGGUGCCGUGGGACGAGGCCGAGAGCUUCGUGCUUCGCAAGUACCCGUCCUACGAGAUCGACUGGGACGCCCUGCUCGCCAACUAGCAGUUUCCUUGAUUGAUCAGCCAGUGAUUGUAAUUUAGUAGCUUCGUCAUCCGCCAUGGCCGGCCGGUGCAGAUGAGGUUUUAAGCAAUCUGCACGGCGAGGCCCCUGUGUAGUGAGUAGGCUUCCGUUGUUCCUGUUUUGUUGGUCCCCGGACCUCGCCGCCGGCGUUUUUGUGACCGGCGUCCAGCUCCGGAUGUUGCUGUAAAAUGUUAGUGGGUGCACAGCAUUGGUGUACUGGUCUGUCUGUAAAAAAUUGGAUCUUUAGGGUGUAACCAACUGUUGUCCUGAGUUGUAAUGCUUACUCCAUGGUGCUGUGACUCUCGGAUUGAUAGCGCUAAUUUGGUU